AAUAUUAAGCUGAGCUCAUAUACCAUAAUAAAAAAAAAAUAGUCUUAGGAAGCAAGAGAUUAAAUUCCGUUGUGGUCUUGACAUCCUCAGUGAAUCCAAAAAUUUCAGAUAAAAACCUUUUUAAUGAUGAAUAUUCGCCGUAAGAUUAGGAACUGAGAGUAAGAAAACUUUUUGAGUUCAAAACCGAGACCGAACCAAGAAGCUAUAAAUAUGGGAACUUUUUUUUUAAACGGUUUUCUCUCGCGGUAUUUUGUCAAACUUUGAGUGUACUUUUGACUUCAAAAAAGUUUCUAAUCAAAUCCAUCUGUUAUGAGGAGCUUUACAGCUCUUAUAUCUGUUCAUUUAUCAAAAAAAAUCAACCACACAACACAAAUAGGAAGAAGUGGCAACCAAGUGAGUUGAAUACGCGGUAAUCUCCUGGAUUAAAAUAGAACCUAAGCCGAAGAAAGCAACCGCAUUUAUAGAAGAUUUUCAAUGUUCAGAUCGAUUUCAUCAGCCAUUCCAUUAUUUGUCAUCUAACAUCAAGCCAUAUAGUACCGAUCGACCUUAAAAAGAUCGCAACCUACAACACCUACUUAAUUUUAAUUUAGGUGUAAUAUCACGGAAUGUGAUGGGCCACAGAGUGCUUACGAUGAGCCAUGGGUUAAAUAUGCCAUACCAAUGAAGAAUAGUGAUCUCAAUCAGUGCCAACGAUAUGCACCCAGAGCAAUUACGAACUGGAGCGUUACAAACGAAGCUGAACAAUAUUGUACGGCAGAUCUUUUUGAUGACGAGGAGACGCAGGAUUGCCCUGACAAUAAUUUCAUAUUUCGCGAUGACGAAGUGACAAUAUCAAAUGACUUCGGCAUCUACUGCAACGAUGAAUGGAAGCUGACGCUCACCGGUACCAUUAACAAUGUGGGACAAUUUAUCGGUAUACCGUUAGGUGGUUUGAUAUCGGAUAAAUACGGUCGGCGUAAUGCACUCGCGCUUGGUGGCGUACUGAGCGCCAUAUUUGGGAUUGUACGCUCAUUUACUACCUCCUAUGUGCCAUUUCUGGUCUUCGAAUUCCUCGACAACGUCGCGAAUAGCUCACUCUAUUCCAUUUGCUUUAUCAUUGGCAUUGAGCUGGUCGGUCCCAGCAAGCGCGUAUUCGCCUGCAGUAUAAUUACGAUCUUCUAUGCCAUUGGCGAGAUGUUCUUAGCCGUGGUCUCUAUGUACUUUCCGAAUUGGCGCAUUAUGCUACGUAUAUUCUACAUACCGGCGUUGGCUGUGAUCUCCUAUUACUGGGUUUUGCCGGAAAGCGUGCGUUGGCUGCUUAGUCAGGAACGUGAAUCAGAAGCUACAGAUAUACUGAAACGUGCCGCGCACAUAAAUAAACGUAGACUAUCUGAUGCAACGUUGGAUAAAUUGAUUUUGGCGAAUCGUGAAAAACUAAGCAGUCAAAGGGGUGGUCGUUUCCCUUUGCGUGAGGCUUUCGGUAAAUUAUUCUUUCGUAUUGCAAACUGUUCGUUAUCUUGGAUAGUGACGGUGCUGGUCUACUAUGGACUCAGUUUGAACUCGGUGCUUUUGGCCGGUAAUAAAUAUUUUAAUUUCAUAUUGAUUGCGUUUGUGGAAAUUCCCGGUUUUUUCCUACCCUGUCUGACGAUGGAUCGAUAUGGUAGAAGAUAUUCGUUAUGCGGUUUUAUGUUGCUCAGUGGUGUAUGCUGUCUGUGUACGGUGUUUUUGGGUUCAGGGAAUUACUAUCUACAGUUGAGCUUGUUUCUAGUGGGUAAGCUCGCCAUCACCGCAGCGUUCCAAGUUUUAUACUUUUUCACUUCGGAGAUAUUUCCAACGAACUUGCGUAGCAGCUUGUUGUCUUUCUGCUCGAUGGUUGGCCGUUUUGGUUCAAUGGUAGCGCCACAGACGCCUUUGUUGGCUAAAUAUUAUGAGAAUGCGCCCGCCAUAUUAUUUGCAGUUUGCGCUCUAGUCAGUGGUUGCUUGUCGCUGCUCUUUCCGGAAACCUCAAAUACAAUUUUACCGACGACAGUGCACGAAGCGGAUACAAUUGGCAAUAAGAAAACAUCGAGCAAUCCAAACAGCAGCACAUUUAAUUUAGAGAAUGAAAGUACUUAUAUGUAAUUAGUUAUUUAACAAUAAUAUUAAUUUAGUAAUUUUAAAAGAAAACUUAAAAAAUUACAGUAUUGCUUAGAUAGUUAGGUAACAUUUGUAAUUUUAAAAUUGUUUCUAUUAAAAACAGAAUUUUUUUGAGUUCAGAUGAACUCAGUUAUAAAUGCUUUCAAACUAACUAUGUCGGCCAGUUGCAAACCAACAUUUGUCAAUUUGGCGAGACAAGUUGGGCUGUACUGGAAAAAGUAAUGCAAAUUGUGAGAACAACGGUAUGAAAUAAAAAAUAAUUACAAACUGAAAGGGUGAUCUUCAAAA